GCCGUUCUUUUUAUUAGACAACCUCUCUCUCCUUGUUUUCAUACCAAUCUCUCACUCUUUCAUUGUAUCGCGUGCUCAUUAUAUACUUAUCUUUUGUUAUCUGAUCCUUAUACCCAAGACACAAUGGCUUCUCCUCAGAAAAUCCGCACUACCAUCACCGAUCUGCUCAAGAUCAACCACCCCGUCAUGCUGGCAGGCAUGAACGUGGCUGCUGGGCCCAAGCUGGCUGCAGCAGUCACUAACGCGGGUGGUCUUGGUGUCAUCGGUGGUGUUGGUUACACCCCCGAGAUGCUCCGCGAGCAGAUUGACGAACUCAAGAGCUUCUUGCAUGACAAGAACGCACCGUUUGGUGUUGAUCUUCUGCUCCCCCAGGUUGGUGGCAGUGCUCGGAAGACAAACUACGACUACACCAAGGGCAAGCUCAACGAACUCGUCGACAUCAUCAUCGAGAGCGGCGCUAAGCUCUUCGUCUCCGCUGUCGGUAUCCCCCCGAAGGCUGUCGUCGACAGACUCCACAGCCACGGAAUUCUCUACAUGAACAUGAUUGGCCACCCCAAGCACGUCCAGAAGUCGCUGGAUGCUGGCGCAGAUCUUAUCUGUGCUCAAGGCGGUGAGGGUGGUGGACACACUGGUGAUGUUCCCACUACUCUCCUUAUCCCCACCGUUGCCAAACUGUGCCGGGGCAAGAAGAGCCCUAUGACUGGUCAGCCCGUGCAGGUCGUUGCGGCUGGUGGUCUGUACAACGGCCAGACCGUUGCUGCUGCUCUGAUGCUGGGUGCUUCCGCUGUCUGGAUUGGUACCCGCUUCAUUUUGGCUGAUGAGGCUGGUGCUCCCGAGGCUCACCAGGAGGCUGUCCGCACUGCCAGCUUUGAUGACACCGUUCGCACCAUUAUCUUCACUGGUCGUCCCCUCCGUGUCCGCAAGAACGCCUACAUCCAGAACUGGGAGGACAACCGCGCCCAGGAGAUCAAGGAACUCACCACCAAGGGUGUCAUCCCUGUCGAGCACGACUUCGAGAACCUGUCUGAUGAUGUUGACGACGACACUAUUGACAACGCCCGUCCUUACCUGAUGGGUAAGACUGCCGCUGUCGUUGACGACAAGAAGCCUGCCAAGGCCAUCGUCGACGAGCUGGUUGACGACGCUGCUGUCCUCCUGGCUCAGGGCAACAAGAUGCUUGCUAAGCUGUAAAUGUUUGGAUUUUGAUUGAUAUGGAUUGCUGGAUAUAAUUCCCAUCAUGUUUUUUAUGGAUAUCACUGCGUUUCGUUUUUGGUUAUUUUUGGAGGGUUUCCUGAUUGACAGGGUCAUAUUGUACAUACAAGUCAUUCCAGGCAUGCAAUUCGAGCCUUGCUUUUCUCGGAUGUUAUAACCCACACUAGGGUGGUCCCUAUCCCUCUUGCCUCGGACCUUGUCGUCACUUAAUAUAUCCAGGGCCAGACAUGCCGUGUACUAUAGAUAUGAACCAUGGACACGCAACAAUGAUCCCAGCGGUCAGUUCUUCGGGGCACGGAGUAUACUGAGCGGACUUCGAGACUCAGGGUUCCCUGGAUCUAGAACCUCACGGCCUCUGGC